AUACCUUCAGCUGAUUUUGUUUACCAUUUAUUUACCAUUUAUCAAAUGGGUUUAAAUGACAAUCCACAACGUUAUUGAUCAGUUAACCUCUUACCCCAACAUAGUUUAUGGAAUUAUUUUUUUAACUUCAUCAUUAAUAGUUUUUCGUUUCAUCAUGGAUGGUCGAUGUCCAGAUAUAAUCAACUGCACUCAAUCAGUGGCUACUUACUUCGUAGAAGGGAUAGCUAGUUCACUGAGAUUUUCUCUAUUCAUUUAGUUUUCGAGACGAGAGGUAUGACCGAAUUGGUUCCUUCUAACGACCCAGUAUGGAUUUUGGGUGAAAAGUAUAGUUCACUUCAUGACAUGGAUGGUAUUAAAGAUGACAUACGUUCAAAAUUUUGGAUCACUUAUAGAAAAGGUUUCCCCAAGAUUGAUGGUUCAGGUCCAAGCAGCGAUUUUGGCUGGGGCUGUAUGCUACGUUGUGGUCAAAUGGUUUUGAGUCAAGCCUUGAUCUUGAAACAUCUCGGUCGACAGUGGAGAUGGUCUAAAGAUAAAAAGGAAAUGAUCGAAAAUGGUUCUUACAAAACAUAUUUGAAAAUUUUAAGCCUUUUUCUAGACAGGAAAGCUUCUCCUUACUCAAUUCACCAAAUUUCACAAAUGGGCGCGACAGAGGGUAAAGCUAUUGGUACAUGGUUCGGACCAAAUACAGUUUGCCAAGUACUAAAGAAACUCUCAGAAUACGACAAAUGGAACAAAUGGGCUGUACAUAUUUGCUGUGACAAUUUAGUGAUUAUAGAUGAAAUUAAAGAGUCAAUUAAAGAAGCUAUUGCCCUCCAUCAACCGUCUGAAGAUGAAGCAUCUACAAGUAAAUCUUGGUGUGAUCUUUUACUUUUUAUUCCUGUCCGAUUGGGUUUAAAUGAAUUCAAUAAAUUGUAUUAUGAUGCCAUCAAAAACUCUUUCCGCCUUCCUCAGAGUCUGGGCAUAAUUGGUGGUCGACCAAAUCAUGCUCUUCAUUUCAUUGGUUGUGUUGGUAACGAGAUGAUCUAUUUUGACCCUCACACAACGCAGUAUGCUGUUGAUCCAGAACCUUUAGUCGAUAUCGAUACUAAAUCAGAUGAAGAUUUGACAAACCUAGAGUUCGACGAUUCUACGUAUCACAAUGAUAAUGCCUUUCGUUUGGAAUUUUCUCAACUUGAUCCUUCCAUGGCCAUGUGUUUCUAUUUUCGAUCCGAGGAAGAUUUUGAUAGUUGGUGUACUCUUAUUCACAGUCUCCUUGUUAAGAAUGUCCCACAGUCAUUGUUUGAAUUAUUUAAAGAACGACCUUAUAAAAUGCUCAAUUUGAGCCCAAAUGAAAAUCCCGCCAACAGUCAAGAUGAUUAUGAUACUGGUGCAAUCCCUCAACCUAAACAAUCAACAGAUCUCGCCAAAGAAUCAGAGGAGGAAGAUUUUGAAAUACUGAGUGGUGAUUAAUGUCCACAUCCAAUAAACACUUAUCCCGUCUGUUAUUCACCUGUAGAUCGCAUCGUCACUUUCCAUCAUGAUCCACACAAGAAAAGAGUAUUGAUUACAAAAUUUUUAUAAAAAAAAGACAUCACGUUGUUCUUAUAUUUUUGUCCUUUUAAGACUGUUUGUAUUAAAAAAAUUCAAUUGUAAUAACUUCUUCUCUGAAUUCAAAUAGUUCAAAUUGUACCAUUCGUUUCUGUAUCAACUGAAAUCAAAACAUUUCCAUUGUAACUGAUAUUUCUCUGGAUAUAAAUCACGAGAUUUCAUUUCAUGGAAAGCCAUUUUUAUCCACAAA